AGGCCCGGGAGGACUGAAGCUCCAGCAGGCGCGGGGCGUGUCGAGCCCCGCGCACAGGUGUGUGCCGCAGGCCAGGUGGGGCGACCGCACCCGCGCCUGGAGCCAGACGGAGCAGCUCGCGGCACUCCCGGGACGCCAGUUAAAGAGCAGCGGGCGAGGAUCAGCGGCCACUGCCUUCUCGGCUCUCCUGGCUCCUGUCCUUCGCGUCCUGGCCCAGGUGCGGAGUUGUCCCGGGAAAAGACUCUUCCAACUCCUGUCGGUGGAUAGAGGAACUGGGCUGGAAGCAUGUGGCAGGUCCUUAGAGGCUGGAGGAAAGGAUGGCAGAGCCCACGUGGAGCCCUGGCAUGGGCUGUGCAGGGCCAGCCAUGCCCCCCUUGCAGCCGCGCUGUUGCCAGUGUGGGCAAGGAUGAGUACACCUUUGUGGUGGUGGGCGCAGGCUCUGCUGGCUGUGUGCUGGCUAGUCGGCUCACCGAGGACCCGAAUCAUCGGGUGCUGCUGCUAGAGGCAGGACCUAAGGACUUGUUGAUGGGGAGCAAGCGGCUUCAGUGGAAGAUCCACAUGCCGGCUGCCCUUGUGUCCAACCUGUGUGAUGACAAAUACAACUGGUACUAUCACACUGAGCCUCAGCCCGGCAUGGACAGUCGCGUGCUGUACUGGCCACGAGGCCGGGUCUGGGGUGGCUCCUCAUCCCUCAAUGCCAUGGUCUACAUCCGAGGACACGCCGAGGACUAUAACCGCUGGCACCGUGAAGGUGCUGAGGGUUGGGACUAUGCACACUGCCUGCCCUACUUCCGCAAGGCGCAGAGACAUGAGCUGGGUGCCAAUAUGUACCGCGGUGGGGAUGGCCCACUGCAUGUGUCUCGGGGCAAGACCAACCACCCGCUUCACCAGGCCUUCCUGCAGGCAGCACGUCAGGCUGGCUACCCCUUCACUGAAGACAUGAAUGGCUUCCAACAGGAGGGCUUCGGCUGGAUGGACAUGACUGUCCACCAAGGGAAGCGCUGGAGCACAGCCUGCGCCUACUUGCACCCGGUGCUGAGCCGCCCCAACCUCAGGGCCGAGGUCCAGACACUUGUAAGCAGAGUGCUGUUUGAGGGCACCCGUGCAGUAGGUGUGGAGUACAUCAAGGACGGCCAGAGACACAAGGCUUACGUCAGCAGGGAGGUGAUCCUGAGCGGGGGAGCCAUCAACUCUCCACAGCUGCUCAUGCUCUCUGGCGUUGGCAAUGCAGAUGACCUCAGGAAACUGGAUAUCCCUGUGGUGUGCCACCUGCCUGGAGUUGGGCAGAACCUGCAGGACCACCUGGAGGUCUACGUUCAGCAAGCGUGCACACAGCCCAUCACCCUCCACUCUGCCCAGAAGCCUCUGCGGAAGGUCUGCAUCGGCCUGGAGUGGCUCUGGAGCUACACAGGGGACGGAGCCACAGCCCAUCUUGAGACCGGAGGGUUCAUCCGCAGCCGACCUGGGGUCCCUCAUCCGGACAUCCAGUUCCACUUCCUGCCAUCGCAAGUGAUUGACCAUGGGCGGAAACCCACCCAGCAGGAAGCUUACCAGGUGCACGUGGGAACCAUGAGGGCCACAAGUGUGGGCUGGCUGAAACUGAGAAGUGCCAACCCCCGGGACCACCCUGUGAUCCAUCCCAACUACUUGUCAACAGAAACCGAUGUCGAGGACUUCCGUCAGUGUGUGAGGCUGUCACGAGAAAUUUUUGCCCAGGAAGCCUUGGCUCCAUUUCGGGGAAAAGAGCUGCAGCCCGGAAGCCACGUCCAGUCAGACAAAGAGAUAGAUGCCUUUGUGCGGGCAAAAGCAGACAGUGCUUACCACCCCUCGUGCACCUGUAAGAUGGGCCGGUCCUCUGACCCCACUGCCGUGGUUGACGCGCAAACCAAGGUCAUCGGCGUAGAAAACCUCAGGGUCGUUGAUGCCUCCAUCAUGCCCAGCGUGGUCAGCGGCAACCUGAACGCUCCCACGGUAAUGAUUGCAGAGAAAGCAGCCGACAUUAUUAAGGGACACCCUGCACUUGAGGACAAGAAUGUUCCUGUCUACAAGCCCCAGACUCUGGACACCCAGCGUUAAGACAGACAGCCAUUGCCUGAGGACGACAGAGGAACUCAGGCCAAGCCAAGAGAUCCAGCCAGUACAGCCCUGCCCUAGAUAUUUCUGAACCGGUAUAUAGACACUCGGGACCCAGAUACCCCGACUCUUGGCUCAGACUUUCAUGGUUUCUGAGGAAAUGAGGUCAUGGUAGGCAGUGAGGCAAGUCCCUUUUCCCAGUGUCUCUCUGAUGCCCCUCCACAAAAAGCCUAGCAAGCAAGCUGGGGCCCUCCCCCUGGCUGCCUGCGGGUAGCAGGUGGGGUAGCUAACAUGGUUUUCUUGUCUCCAGUUCAGAGCUCUGCUUCCAGGAAGGACUGGGAUGAUCCUUUCCCUGGUCUCCCACCUGAGGCCAUUCCUGCAAAGUCAGGGUGGUUGAACUGGACUGGGCUCUCCAAGGAAGCUUUUGCUGAAGCCAAGAGGCAGGUAGCAGCUCAGCUGGGCUGGUUACCUGAGCUUAUGUCCCCAAUUAGAGGGACAGGCAGCAGCUAGAGGACGCCUCAUCCCCCUCUGCACUUCUCUCCUGCCCUGAUUUAAAUCUGAAGAGCGAGGCACAGGGACGAGGGCUCAGGUGACUGCACAACUCAACGCCUACCACUCUGGCUCUCAUGAAACCGUCCAGGUGAGAGGCUUGCAGGACGUUGUUCAAGAAAAGGCCAUUUUGGCCUCACUGCCAAAGGUUUUAUUGUUUAACCCUUACCACACAAAAGUGCAGGAGUAUAGAGCCAGUCCCACAUGCCAGUCACUACCUCAUGCCAAGGACAUGAGCCCACGAGGUCCUUUCAUGGUGGCCCCAGAAAUGGCCCAGGCACCAGAGCUACUUCUGCAGACAGGGCUGGCCGUUUCUUAUUCUCUAGACGUGAGAACAGAGAGCAUGGCACCAAGGCUGAUGGAGAACAGCAAAGGACUUUGGAGUGAAAGAUAAACCAGCUAGAAUUCGAGUCUUGGGUCAGGGGAGCAGAUACCAGCAGCAUUUACAAGAGCUCUUUGAUCUGGAAAUUCCUCAUAAAUUUGGAUGUAACCGGUAACUUAAUUUUUGAGCCAAGCUGCCUCAUUCCAACUGUUCUUAUGAGAGAAUGGGGGUCAGACGCAUUGUAGGUUAGUUUUCCUGAAGAUGUCCAAAGCCAUCAUCUGUAGUCGGGAAGAAAGGGAUCGCUGUAUAGAAAUCACAUGGCUGAGUGAAGAAGAGAGAGGAAAUAGCAGGAUUCCAGGGUCCCCUAGGGUUGACUGGCAGGAGCUGCCUUCUGGACUUCUGAGUCUGAGAAGACCCUUCAAAGGGUUCAAAAAACAAAUUAUAAACCAACACUUUUACUUUGAAAACAAGGUUGCCCUUAUUUCAUCUUACCUGCUUUGCCUUUUGUUUUUUGUUUUUUUGUUUUGUUUUUUCCUGUUCAAAAAGAAGAUCAAGGAAAUCCUAGGUCUGCCAAGAGAUCCUCACAGGGCAGGUGUUAGACGGCCGUCAUCCGUAGCAUCUUUAGCAGCACAGGUGUCACCCCUGGGAGGGCCAUGUUCUCCUCUCAGGCUCAGCGGCGUUUGAGAAUAAGCGAAGAUCAACCUGGCGUGCCCCUCAGUUGCAGUCGGGCCUUUCUCUCACUUCGGCAUAGGGAGGCUGGCUUCACGUGCUGACAUGAUUUAGCCACAUAAGGAAACGAGUUUCCCGAGACAAGAAGUCGAUGUUACGUGCCCAGAACUCACAGAUGGCGACAUCGGGACAGAACAUGAGGUUUGGAGGGAUCCUCGCUGAAGCCCCGACAGCUAUUCCAGGUUCCAGCCCAAACAGAACGGAUGAACACGCAGGAGAGUCUUGCCUGCAGUGCUGAAUCCACAUGCUGGGGUUGUCUGGAAGUCCCAGUGCCACAAGGGAGACAGAGUGGUAGAAUGGUGCAGUCCUGCUUCCGUUCUAAAGUGGGGUUCACACAGGCAGUUAAGACUGAGUCUCCUGGGGAAACUGGAAAGGCUUAGUUAAGUAGGCUCCUUGGCAAAGAGCCUGUAAUACCCCAAUCAUGGAAGGCCACAUGUUGCCAAAACCAGUACCUGCACACCUAGCAAGCAUGUGCCCCAGGGUUGACCCCUAGCACCAAAAAGAACUGUGGGGAGCCCUGCUGUGUUGAUGGGACUUGGGCCCACCUCACUGUUGGCCAAGUGUGUUCCUGACAGGGUCACAGAUCAUGGAUGGAGACAGGGACAACUUGCCAGCAUGACCAGACACAGUCAUAGAAGCAGAAGGUGGGGACACUGUAACACAUGAGCCCUGCCUCAUUUCCAUACAUUCAAAUAGAUUCUUCUCACCCACCAUACUACAUCCCUCAGGCCCCAAGAUUUUUCAUAUUUCCACUUAUAAACUACCACAAUAUCAAACCUAAUGCAAAGAUUUUAAUCUUCAAAUUUGGAGGGGGGCGGGGAAAACAUGACCUACCUCCUAGGCCCAAGCUGGUGACCUGCGAAGCCCCUGCUGGCUGGGCUGUUGUAUAUUCAACCACACUCUUCACCCUUGUUCUGAAAUCAGAAGCCAGAGACCGAGCCUCUCCCUAGGUCUCCACUGCCCUCUGGGAAAGCACAGCUGGAGUGGGUUUUGUGAGAGGUGCCCAUGAUUUGGUGGUGUUUGUACAAGUAAACCAACACUCCAUCCUCCCCAAGUAAAGGCAGAGCUGAUAAAGAUCGUAGAUAGUAAAAAGCACACAGCACAAAAUAGAGCCGAUCUGGCUUAAGAGCUGGACCACUGUGAAGUGGGUAGUGCACCCCAGCUAUGCUCUCUUCAAGUGGCUAGGGCUACACCCUCAACCUUCUAGAACUAUGGAGCACAAGUCCACAUACCUCACAGACCAUCCCAAAUGAGGUUCUUGCUGACGGUGAGCAGAUCAUAGUGACUUCCACCUUUUAAUGUCAUUAAAAGCAGGAGCUUAAACUAAAAGCAGCAUUCCAAAGACCUCAAUAUCAGGGGGGGGUGGGGCAGGGUAGGAAAACCAAAAAGCAGAACUAUUUAGUCUUAAAACUUCCUUAAAGGGGAGGAAAAAACCAUGCUCUACAACUUCAAAUUUUUCUUACAAAGAGAAAUUUAAUAUUAAAUGAGAGGUUGAACCAGGCUUAAAGCAGACAUACCGGGAAGGACAGCCUGAAACGCCAGGCAGCGUUGACAGCUGACUUUGGGAACGAUCACCCAUUCCAGAACACACGUGAGUGUGAUCUGCUGAUGUUACGUCGCACAGUCAGACAGACAGACAGACACCCAGCACGACAGAGUCCAAGGUAAAUGCUGAUGGUAGUUUAGCCCUUUAGGAGAACAGCACUCUGCAGCUGGUGUGAAGUUACUAUCGGUCUCGGAGACCAAGGGCGGAAAAAGCCGCCCGAAGCUCCCCCAGUAGAGCCAGCUGUGUGAGGAGAGCUCCCCAUAUGAUGACAUUAUACAGAGUUUAUUCUGAAGAACGUUUUGCAUUUUAAUAAAAAAAAAAAGGCUUUAUGUCAGGAAAUAGUCAUUUACAAACCUUGAAGUGUUUUUGCCUGCAUCUGGAGUAAGAAUGUCUUCCGAAGAGGUUUGCGAGGUCUUUAUAAUAAAAUUUAUUU